AUGGUUCGAUCAAGUCCCAUCCGAGGAUUGUACGUACUGGAUAGUCGCUUGCGGCUGAGUUGGUUGCGAGACUGACACCCCUCCCCCCUGCUUGACCUGGGCUCACUCACACCUGCCUGAUCGGCGACCGCGCACGACUAGGCUCGGGCAACCGCUGUUCCUCUGCACUCUGUUCAUCUCGAUCGCCGCUUUCUUUUCGGCCUUUGUCGGACGUGAGUUGCUUUGCUGCUGCUUCCCGUGACGCAUGUAGUCUGACACCAUCUACCUUGACGUUUGCAGAGGUCAUCCUCGAAAAGAAAUGUAAGCCUUGGAAUUCUUUCCUUCGACCGGAGAGCUCUGGCCGCGCCGUAUUCCGCUCAGGGCACCGCGGCGCGCGGAUCACACAGGCUUACGUGCUUGGCCGCUAACUCGCUCGCAUUCUUGCAUCCUUUGCGACGCAGAUCAAGCUCAGAAUGGUCAAGGGUCGGCGUGUGGUGUAGCUUGGUUCGGUGAGUCUUGAGGUCACGUGUACGCGUUUGAGGCAGGGUUGGGUGUCGCUAGCUGCGAACGCUCCCUCAAUUUGACUUUCCCAAAACACAAUGGUGCGGUUCUCGAGUUGUACUGUGUGACUGACCACAUCCUCAACCUUGCGGUUACGCCUCCAUGUAGGUGUCUUCUUGGAACUCGCCAUCAUUGUCUCCAUCUUCGUCACACUUGCUUCCGACUCGGUCGAACGAAACAGGGGCCAGGUACGUUCGGGCGCGCUCCGAUAGAGGCCAUACCCUAAAAGGCGCCUGCUGAUCGCUUACUCGUUUCCAACAGCUCUCGACGUUCCUCGCCAUUGCAAUCGUCUUUGGCGUCUUUGGCACCAACCUCGGCAUCUUCACCGCCACAUCGUUCCAACGAGCGAUCGGAGCAGGAUGGAUCUUACUCACCAUGAUCAACGUGAGCAGAAAAAGCUUACCUUGAGCGUCUGCCUACCAUGCUGACCGUUUCACGCUUGGCCUUGCCCUUGCCCAGAUCGUCUGGCUCUUGUACUUCUCCGCCGAAGAAGGCUCGGUCUUCUUGCGUAUCUUCGACUCGACCUCGCGCACGCUUGACCCUCGCGGUUCCAACCCAGCCCACCGAAGCAACUCGAUCGCUCAACGUUCCGUCGGUGGGAACACCAGCAACCACCAAACCCCCGCUACGGUGAACGGCAGUGCAGCGUCCUUCAUCUAUGGUGGCAAAUCCCCCGUCGGUAACAUGAGCAACGCCAACUUGUCGCACCAUGGUCACGCCGAGGAAGGCGGAGCCGGUGGAUCGAGGAUUGGUGGUGGGUCGCUUUCGGUCAAUGGACCGGGUAUGCAUAGUGCUGCGACACCUAGUCUCGGGGGAGCACCGAGUUUGUUGGAUGGUCAGAGCGUCGAUUUUGCUCAGAAGGCUAGGGCGCUUUACUCCUGUACGUUCUCCACGCUCUCUCGCUUUGGGUGCAUACGACUGACUCGAGUUGCUCCAUCUCACUCUGAAAUAGACACGGCCUCGCCGGACGACCCGAACGAGUUGUCCUUCACCAAGGGCGAGAUCUUGGACAUCACCGACACGAGUGGCAAGUGGUGGCAGGCGCGCAAGGUCGACGGCCAAGGCUCCAAAUUGGUCGGCAUCGUGCCUUCCAACUACCUUGGUGAGUCGGUCAGAUCUUGAGAUCAGACUUGUUCCCUGCAGACCCUGAUCGGUACCUGCACUUUCGUUCUCACAGCUCUCGUUUGAACACACCCUUCAACCGACCUAA